CAAUCAGAAUUCGGAUCAACCCCUCAUUGUCCGUCUCUUUCCACAAAACCACUCUCUAUUCGUGAAACCAGCCGCGAAUCUCACAGAAGUUUCCUUCUUCAGCUCAAAAAGCAUACGCCAUGAUUUGAAUCACCAGGAAUUAAUCGGACCACCCCAACCAGAAUGGCGUGGUUCAGUGGGAAAGUCUCUUUGGGGAACUUCCCCGAUCUCGCCGGGGCCGUGAAUAAGCUCCAGGAAAGCGUCAAGAACAUCGAGAAGAACAAGCUGAUGAUAAUGAAGCUGAUGUUAAAGGGCAACAUCUGAGCUCAGGGGAAAAUGCGUCUGACUCUUCAGUGAUUGAAUUGGAGAAGGUGAAGAUGGAGAUGAAGAUGAUGGAAGCUGCAUUGCAAGGUGCUGCAAGACAGGCCCAGGCAAAAGCUGAUGAGAUUGCAAAGUUUAUGAAUGAAAAUGAACAAUUAAAAUCUGCGAUCGAGGAUUUGAAGAGAAAAUCCAAUGAUGCAGAAGUCGAGUCACUGCGAGAGGAAUACCAUCAAAGGGUUGCAACACUUGAAAGGAAGGUGUAUGCUCUUACAAAGGAAAGGGACACGCUUCGGCGGGAGCAGAAUAAGAAAAGUGAUGCAGCUGCUCUUCUGAAGGAAAAGGAUGAAAUAAUUAAUCAAGUUAUGGCUGAAGGUGAAGAGCUUUCAAAAAAGCAGGCUGCUCAAGAAGGACAGAUUAGGAAAUUAAGGGCUCAGAUCAGAGAGUUUGAAGAAGAGAAGAAAGGGUUGAUUACUAAACUUCAGGUAAUUCAUUUAUGUUAGAAUCUUUAAAAUUGUGGUUCUCUGAUUUCGUUUGAUAAAGACAACUCUUUCAGUCAUCAUAAAAUUUGAAAUGACAUUGAAGUUACAGCACAUAAAUUGAUGAAGCACUUGUUUUCCUUUUUUUCUCAAAGCUGCUUGGCCGAAAGCUUCCAUGUUGGAUAAUGGAUUAUCCCACAAAGGAUUUCUUGAUCAUUUUUCUGUUUUUAUGUCACCUGCUUUCUUAGUAGUCAAUUUCAUAAUAUCUUAAAACAGUAAACUAUUUGACCCCAGGAACAUUAUUAUAAUAGUUUAUAGGGAAAUAGCUCAAAAUACCACCCAUUUUAUAAUUUUUUGUCAAAAUACCAUCCCUCUCCAAAAAUUUUAAAACUGUCACAUAUAAAAGAAAAUGGUUUUCCUCUUUGCUAAUUGAGAAUCAUGUGCAGUUAUGAUUUCAGAUCUGUAGAUAACCUGUUGUUGCUGAUAUUGCUACACGGGAGGAGAACAGAACAAGUUGGAAAAUGUGCAAGAAGGGAGAGCUAACUCAUACAACGAAGAACAAAUUGAUGAAGUUAAGAUCAAAUUAGUAGAAUUUGUGAGCUCUCCAUUAUUUAUAAUUAUAGGUAGGAAGUAUGUAUGUAAUAGAGCAAAGAUUGGUUGACUAUGUAAUAACAAUUGAAUUGUCAAGUUUUAUGAAAGAAAUAAUUUUUGCUUCU